GAUGCAGAUGAUGGCUACUACUUGGGCACUCGCGUUCUGGCAUACCAGUUGCUACACUCCAGGUCAGCCGGGACCAACAACAGCAUACCAUUCCUGGUGGUGUGCACGCGGGAUGUCUCGAAGCGAAAACGGGAUCGCCUGAAGAAAGAUGGCGCAACCAUCAUCCUCGUCGAGAAGCUCCAGCAAGACUGGGUCAAAGCCGCAGAUGCUCGUUGGAUCGAUGUUCUCACCAAACUCCGUCUCUUCCAGCUCGUCGAUUACAGCAAGAUCCUCUUCAUCGACGCCGACACCCUCGUCACCGCACCUCUCGACGGCGUCUUCUUCGACGAGGCAACCUUGACGCAAGGCACCAAGGCGGACCCCGACGCCAUCCAAGCAGACGAAGCUCCACUACCUCGUACCUACAUGUUCGCCACCCACAGCGACUUCUGGGGCUACGAGCAUGCCUAUCCGCCACCAACGGAUCUGAGCUACCUCAACUGCGGCUUUUUUGUCUUCACCCCAUCAGCAGAGUUAUUCGACUAUUAUAUGAGCAUACUGCAACUGCCAGGACGAUUCGAUCCUGGCUUUCCCGAACAGAAUCUGCUCAACUAUGCUCACAGGCAAAGCGGAAAUAUGCCGUGGAAGCCACUGUGGUAUGGCUGGAAUGUCAAUUGGCCCACGGCCAAGGACUGGAGGGGUGGAGCGAGGAGUUUUCACGCCAAGUAUUGG